AGUAUGGAUAUAUGUAGUGUGUCGUUAGCCGUUUAUUUGUUUUCGUUUUAUUUAUGCGGGAGUCUUUCAUUGAAUAUCGAAAAUGCAGUAUCGACAGGGUUUGAAGCAAAGAUUGCAGCUUUAGUGGAAAAACUAUCGGAAGAAGAGCAUGAGAUUCAGGAAUGGAAACUGAAAAUAGAAACACUAGAACAACAUAUGGUGGAAGUAAAACGGAAUAAAGAAGAAGUUCUUAGCCGACGUAAGAGAGGGGUAGUUGAUCAUAGACUUGGACUUUUUGUUGGCAAGCCGGGCCCCCCAGGUAUCCCUGGACACCAAGGUACACCAGGCAGAAUCGGGUCUAGAGGUCAGAAAGGUCACAAAGGCACCAGUGGAAACCCAGGCUUACGCGGCCCACCAGGCCCAUACGGGCAUCCUGGCUGGCCCGGACCACCAGGUUUUGUCGGCUUCCCGGGCGAGAUAGGUGAGAAAGGUUUCCCUGGAUACGACGGAAUCCCUGGGAUUAUCGGUGACGUAGGCUGGGCUGGUGUAAAUGGCAAACAUGGUUUUAGAGGCCCUCCUGGGUAUCUUGGUCAUGUGGGUUUUAUUGGUAUGCCCGGGCCUCCAGGCAUCAAAGGUGAUGUGGGGAUGACUGGAGACUGGGGGAUGCCAGGCAUCCAGGGAAUCGCCGGCGUUCCAGGUGACGUGGGAUUUUAUGGAGAAGCUGGUCCGAUGGGUGAAUCUGGCUUUCAAGGACCAGAAGGGGAAAUGGGUCUUAAGGGGCCAAAUGGUGAAAGAGGAGAACAAGGAGACAUCGGACAAUGGGGACAUGUUGGAAGUCCAGGACCCAUGUAUGACCCAUACGCCGCCAUGUUUGGUGCUGCAUCGGCUGCAUUUGAUUACGAUCCUUUUAAAGAUGUAAACUGCUCAGAGACGGAUGAUGGCCAAUCAAAUUGCUCCUUCGAAAGUGGACCACCAGCUGAAGCCAUCGGGAAGUCAAGCAAGAUGGCAUUUCCGGUAUACAUGCACCCCCCACCCGGUGCGCAAGUAGUUACGGUAGCAGCCGGUCCUAUGAUUGGAAAGGCACCUUUUAUAUAUGGACCACCAUCAUUGGGUACAAAAGUUCAAGGUCAAAGCCGUGUUGACAUAUCUGAUGAAGAUCUUGUACGAGAUAUGGGCUACGAUUCUGAAGAUGGAGAUAUUUUGACGGAGGAAGAGUAUAUUAAACUGUUGAAGAAAGAGGAGGGCGAUAUGAUUGACGAUCAAUUUAACAAUGGAACCAUCACAUCUACACCGGUAAUGAUUGAAGAUCAAUUCAACAACGAGACCACGACAUCUGCACCUGAGAUGUUUGAAGAUCAAUUCAACAACGAGACCACGACAUCUGCACCUGAGAUGUUUGAAUAUCAAUUUAACAACGAGACCACGACAUCUGCACCUGAGAUGUUUGAAUAUCUAUUUAACAACGAGACCACGACACCUGCACCUGAGAUGUUUGAAGAUCAAUUAAACAACGGGACCACAACGAUCGCACCCGAUAUGUACGAAGAUAGUUCAGAGGAAUAUUCUGAUGAACAUUCCGAAGAGUGGUCAAAAAAGAGUUCAAAGAAGGAUGUUCAUGGUCACGUUUUUCGCUAACGUACUGUUCACUUAUUUAGUGUGUGAUAUCAAGCAUAUUAAAACUAAUGUUCUUUUAUUUUUGUCAAAAUACAACUAACCAUAUAACAAAAGAUACAGUUGCAUUCACGUGCAUGUAGCUUUAAUCUAACAAACAUUCAUAUAUUAUAUUAUAUUAUAUUAUAAAUAG